AUGCGUUUGUUCAUACUCACCCUGCUUCUUAUCCUUCCCACGAUAUUCGCUAUACCUGCUGUCUCAGGAGACAACGCGCACCGCUCAUUUGAGACCGCAUCUUUGGACCUCCACACGGAUCGGAAAGACCUUCGCUUGAGAGGUUUAAGCGGGCAGCUCACAUUGGACAGAGAAGGGAAGACAUCUUCGCGAUAUCCUAAAUGCAGGAGAGCAAGAAAACGUUCUGGAUUUGCACACUAUACCGGGUGGAAGCUCAUUGGUGAUGACGUGACUGGUGGUGUACCGGUAUCUCCUAGACCAAAUUGUUUGAAGUUAUGUAAUAAUUAUGGAGCAUCUUGUCUAGGUACAUUCUUUUCGGAUGAGACUCGAAAAUGUUUUCUCAAAGGGACUAAAACUGAAUCCUGGAAAUUUGUGGAAACUGGUGAUGAAGAGGAUUCUAUCGAUCUUGUGGGUGGAUGUGCUGCUUGGUCGAAUAUUGUACCUUGGGAGUUAGAUGAAAUAUGUUGUAGAGAUUGA